AUGAAGUCGUCUUUCAACAGUUUGGAAAUGGUUCUCAUCUUGUUUCAAUAUUUCUUCUGGAUCCACUUAAUAACUGGACGGUUGGUGUCCUCUAACAUGGUCAUAAGGGGGCUAUAUUUUGUGCAUGAUUAUGCUUUUGAUGGUGCCUUUCUAAAUCAUGGAUUAUUAUGGCAAGUUCCAGUCAUGUCUCUGAUCCAUUGUGCCAUUCGUUGUGCCGAAAACAGAGCAUGUAUCUCGCUCCAUUUUCACAUAGGGAUCAGAAAAUGCCGGGGUUAUGAAACUUUAAUGUUAACACCACAAGCUGGAACCAACGAAGAGGGGUGGAUAUACUAUUACUCAACACAAAAAGGAAUUUGUCCACAUGGAUACGCAUACACUAGAGUUUUCGAUUAUUGCGUUGGGUAUGAGGGUCAUUUUACAGAUGAUGUGGGAUUUCAAAAAUGUCAAGAGAAAAGUGGGAGGUAUAUGUUGAUACACUCACCUGAGGAAAACAGAUUUGCAAGUCUAUUAGCCUACAACUUUGAUAGCUAUACAGAUUUUGGGCAGAAUCAAAUGCGAAUUCAGGGAUCAUUCAACUCAAGCGCCAUGGCAUGGCAAGAUGAUUUUGGGCUUAACCUGAAUUUUACGCAGUUGAUACCGGGAAAGGAAAUUCCAAGUGAUGAUAGCUUUGCAUUGCUCCUAAAAAACAAAGGCGACAAAGAAAAUUUUAAGAUGACAUGUAGACAGGGGAACGGAAAUCCAUCUGCAAUUGUUUGUGUAAUUUCAGAUGAGUAUCAUUGACGUUAGCUAAGUACAAGGAGAUAAAAUGUUAUUUUGAGUAGACAUGUCACCUUGCUUUUUUUUUUUUUUUAGAAACUUUAAACUACUAGUAUUACUUGUUUGUUUGAUCGAAUCAAUGUUCCUGGAAUUGUUUGCUAAUCUUAGUAUGAUUUUAAAAAAAUCAAAUACAAGAGAAGAAGUAAGUGUAUUUUUCUUAAAAUUGAAUUAUACCCCAAAUAAGGACAAGUUCUGUAUGGAUGUUUUAGCUUACAAAUAACCAGUAGAUUUAAGAAAAUAAGUAACGAAUAAAAUAAUGUAAAUGACAGCUGUGUUCAAUAUGUUUAAAAUAUAUUUUGGACAAAUUUACAAGAGAUUUAAACUGUAGUCAUAUUCCUUAAAUUAAAGUUCUUGCAUACAAAUACAGAUAUAUGUACAUGUAAAUAUAUAAAUGUCGGGGUCGAUAUCAUUUAUAAGUCUAUUACUAUGAAGAUGAAUAUACAGUUAUUGUUCCUUAGUUCAACCUUUUUGAACUUUAGUUCAACGUUAACUUUUAAUGCGUUUCAUUUUCAAGAUUUUCAUUUCAUUAAAUGUAGAAUAUACCGCUUUUCAGUUCAUUUUUGGAUAGACUACUACAACAAAAGCUUUUCAAUUACGAAUCAGUAUUUCUUAUAAAUAAAACCCUUUCAUCUUCCUAUGAAUGAGAGAAAAUCAAUAUACAUGUACUUAUUAACUUUGAAAGCAUUGAAUUUCACAUGAUUCUUACUAUGAAUUUCAAUUUCAAAGCAAAUGAUGUAAGGCGAAGGGUAUGAUAUAUCGAUAUAUUCUAAACUGUGAUACAAUUUCAUUGUUAUAAGAAAGUAGAUGAUAACCCGUGCAAGCGCGGGAAUUAACGCUUUACACAUUAUUAUGAUAUUAUGCUCGAUAUGUUAAACUAAAUUUUUUGUUCAAUUUUGUAUAUACUUUGUCUGGUUUUUCCUUAUCUUAUUUUUUAAAAUUAAAAUAAAAACUGAUUUUUUUAUUACAUUUAUU